CAAGACCCUGCUGCUGGGAGUAGACAAGAACAAGAAAAGCCUUGAGCACCGCGAGCACCCCUCCCGCCAUGGGACAGGACUGCCAGCGAGCAUGUACUGUAACAGAAGAAAGGGGAAUACAGCCCCCGCUUACUGAAAGUAAGAUUGACAAGUAUCUUUAUGCCAUGCGGCUCUCCGAUGAAACUCUGAUAGAUAUCAUGACUCGCUUCAAGAAGGAGAUGAAGAAUGGCCUCUCCCGGGAUUUUAAUCCAACAGCCACAGUCAAGAUGUUGCCAACGUUUGUAAGGUCUAUUCCCGACGGUUCUGAAAAGGGGGAUUUCAUUGCCCUGGAUCUUGGUGGGUCUUUCUUCCGAAUUCUACGGGUGCAAGUGAAUCAUGAGAAAAACCAGAAUGUUCACAUGGAAUCCGAGGUUUAUGACACCCCAGAGAACAUCAUGCAUGGCAGUGGAAGCCAGCUUUUCGAUCAUGUUGCUGAGUGCCUGGGAGACUUCAUGGAGAAAAAGAAUAUCAAGGACAAGAAAUUACCUGUGGGCUUCACGUUUUCUUUCCCUUGCCGACAAUCCAAGAUAGACGAGGCCAUCCUCAUCACCUGGACGAAGCGAUUUAAAGCGAGCGGUGUGGAAGGAGCAGAUGUGGUCAAGUUGCUUGACAAAGCCAUCAAAAAGCGAGGGGACUAUGAAGCCAACAUCGUCGCGGUGGUAAAUGACACUGUGGGGACCAUGAUGACCUGUGGCUAUGAUGACCAGCAUUGUGAAGUCGGCCUGAUCAUUGGCACGGGCACCAACGCUUGCUACAUGGAGGAACUGCGGCACAUUGACCUGGUGGAAGGAGACGAGGGGAGGAUGUGUAUCAACACUGAAUGGGGAGCCUUCGGGGACGAUGGGUCUCUGGAAGACAUCCGGACCGAGUUUGACAGAGAGAUAGACCGGGGCUCCCUCAACCCCGGAAAACAGCUGUUUGAGAAGAUGGUCAGUGGUAUGUACCUGGGGGAGCUGGUUCGACUGAUCCUAGUAAAGAUGGCCAAGGAGGGCCUCUUAUUUGAAGGGCGGAUCACCCCAGAGCUGCUCACCAAAGGGAAGUUUAAUACCAGUGAUGUAUCAGCCAUCGAAAAGAAUAAGGAAGGCCUCCACAAUGCCAAAGAAAUCCUGACCCGCCUGGGAGUGGAGCCAUCAGAUGAUGACUGUAUCUCAGUCCAGCACGUGUGCACCAUCGUCUCCUUUCGCUCGGCUAACCUCGUGGCUACCACGUUGGGUGCCAUCUUGAACCGCCUGCAUGAUAACAAGGGCAUGCCCAGGCUGCGGACCACGGUUGGUGUCGACGGAUCUCUUUACAAGACGCACCCACAGUAUGCCCGGCGUUUUCACAAGACCCUGAGGCGCUUGGUGCCAGACUCCGACGUCCGUUUCCUCCUCUCGGAGAGUGGCAGCGGCAAGGGGGCCGCCAUGGUGACGGCGGUGGCCUACCGCCUGGCUGAGCAGCACCGGCAGAUUGAGGAGACCCUGGCCCACUUCCGCCUCACCAAGGACAUGCUGCUGGAGGUGAAGAGGAGGAUGCGGACUGAGAUGGAGCUGGGGCUGAGGAAGCAGACGCACGACGAUGCUGUGGUCAAGAUGCUGCCUUCCUUCGUCCGGAGCACCCCAGAUGGCACUGAACAUGGUGACUUCUUGGCCCUGGAUCUCGGAGGAACGAAUUUCCGUGUCCUGCUGGUGAAGAUACGUAGCGGGAAAAAGAGAACGGUGGAAAUGCACAACAAGAUCUAUGCCAUCCCUGUGGAGAUCAUGCAGGGCACCGGCGAAGAGCUGUUUGACCACAUCGUCUCCUGCAUCUCUGACUUCCUGGACUACAUGGGGAUCAAAGGCCCCAGGAUGCCUCUGGGCUUCACAUUCUCAUUCCCCUGCAAGCAGACGAAUCUGGAUGUGGGCAUCUUGAUCACCUGGACCAAGGGUUUUAAGGCUACUGACUGUGUGGGGCAUGAUGUCGUCACCUUACUAAGGGAUGCCAUAAAAAGGAGAGAGGAAUUUGACCUGGACGUGGUGGCUGUGGUCAACGACACGGUGGGCACCAUGAUGACCUGUGCUUACGAGGAGCCCACCUGUGAGGUUGGACUCAUUGUAGGGACGGGCAGCAAUGCCUGCUACAUGGAGGAAAUGAAGAACGUAGAGAUGCUGGAGGGGACCGAGGGCCGAAUGUGUAUCAACAUGGAAUGGGGAGCCUUUGGGGACAAUGGCUGUCUGGAUGACAUCAGAACGGAGUAUGACAGAUUGGUGGACGAAUAUUCCCUAAAUGCAGGGAAGCAAAGAUAUGAGAAGAUGAUCAGUGGCAUGUACCUGGGGGAGAUCGUCCGCAACAUCUUGAUCGACUUCACCAAGAAGGGAUUCCUCUUCCGGGGGCAGAUCUCUGAGCCGCUGAAGACCCGGGGCAUCUUCGAGACCAAAUUUCUCUCUCAGAUCGAGAGUGACCGACUAGCGCUGCUCCAGGUCCGGGCCAUCCUCCAGCAGCUGGGUCUGAACAGCACCUGUGACGACAGUAUCCUGGUCAAGACCGUGUGCGGGGUGGUGUCCAAGAGGGCUGCACAGCUGUGCGGUGCCGGCAUGGCGGCGGUAGUGGACAAGAUCCGCGAGAACAGAGGGCUGGACCAUCUGAACGUGACGGUGGGCGUCGAUGGGACGCUCUACAAGCUUCAUCCGCAUUUCUCCAGAAUCAUGCACCAAACCGUGAAGGAACUGUCACCAAAGUGUAAUGUGUCCUUCCUCCUGUCCGAAGACGGUAGUGGCAAGGGGGCCGCCCUCAUCACAGCCGUGGGCGUUCGGCUCCGAGCAGAAGCGAGCAGCUAAGACCCAGGACCCCCGCCUACUGCCCUUCCAGCACUUCUCUCUUCAGACGGCGACCCCCACCCCUCCCAGCCAACCGGCUGGGAGACAUCGGCGCCAGAGCCUGCCACCGCCACGGCGGGAGGAACACCAAAUCCGACUAAUGGCGUAUAACGUAGGGUAAAAGUGGAGUGUGUGCUGUUGAUAAUACCUCUCACCCGGAUCCCCAGCUGCCCUGCCACUCUGCAUGAUGUGACUCCGACCUGGUCCUCCACGUGUGAAGUGUAACGGCACCCAUUUCUACUGUAUGCAUUCGUCCAUCCUGUGGGGUUAUUUAUUGGCUCAAAAAGAAAAGUCACCCCAUCUGCCUUGUGGGCCUCCAGCCCGUCCUUAGGGUCCCCUCCCCUGUGUGAAAUGUAUUAUCACCAGCAGACACUGCCGGGACUCCACCUCCCAGGGCCCUGCCUGAGGGCAAGCGUGGACAUAGCAUUAGCUGCUUCCUCCCGUCCCAGCACCCACUGCGGCCUGGCGUCCCGUCGGGACGUGUCAGUGCCACUCAGUCGUGUGUCUGUAGAAUCAGUCCUAGCCACGUUGUGACAGUCUUGCGUUCUGUCUGUCUGGUGGGGGGGAGGUGGGCAGUCCUGCGGGGAAAUGUCUUGUGUCCAUUUGGGUAAAAGGAACCAACCGACCAACCAUGCCGUCACGGGGACUGCCCAUCGCUUUUGUGAGCCAUGUUGUAUGACCUAGUAAACUUUGUACCGAUUCAAA